UCAAUAAUGAAGUGGCCAUUGUUGCAGUGCCUAAACCAUCAGGCAUUGGAUUAUUUGGGAAGUUGCAGCAGCUCAUGCAGACUGAAAAAGAAAGAGAUAUGGAUUUUUUGAGGAAGUUGGAGACUGGAUCUAAUGCAAAUGAUGAAACAAGUUGCAUUGUUGUAAAAAUCCUGACUAGAUACUUGGAUGCAAAGCUGACAGUUUGUCAAUGCUCUUUUGGCCAGAACAUGGAGUCAGGGAGCCCCCAAAUAAUGGUAGAGGGAGGAAGGAAAAGAACAAUUAUUUUCAGUCCAAGAGUUAGCAGCGAUGUUGACCUUGACGUUGGGAACUUGAUUUGUAUUCAUCCCCCAUGGAAGGAGGUUCAAGUGGGAAAUGAUGAGAGCAUUCUUCUGUCCACAUAUUUUUCCCAAAUUUUAAUUUGACCAGCUCAGGCACAAGCAUGCAAGGAAGUAGAGCCUCAAACUGUGUUUCACUCGGCAAAGACAAAGACAUGAUUGGACAAAACAUUACAUCUGUGAUCCCCUACCUUUUCCUUUCUUUUCUUUUCUUUUUUCAAUUUUUUUUUUCUCCUCUUUUUCCCUGAUAUGAUGCUUGAAUCCUCUCCAAAUUGUACCCACUAAUGACCAUUCUAUGAGUACAGAAGGAAGAAACUUACAUAUAUACUUUAGAUA